AUGGCUGGGAAGUCGAACAAAUCGAAGGCUAAGAGAGCUGCUCAGAGCUCUGCCUCUAGUUCCACUGAGUCCGCCGCUCAAGCCGAAGCUAUUCCUGCUGUUCCUGUUCCUGCUCCUGUUACUGCGUCGGUUCCCGAUAAUGGAACCGUCGAAGCUGUUGACUCUGCCGUGCCUGAAGCCAAUCAGACUCCUCCUCCGGUUCCUAAGGCUGACGAUGGCGAAUCUCAAGUAGCAAGUAACGAUUCCCAACCUAAGCAAGGUGAACUUCGUCUUUAUCCUGUUUCUGUCAAAACACAGAGUGGGAGUAAAAUGGAGCUACAAUUGAACCCUGGAGACUCAGUGAUGGAUAUAAGGCAGUUCCUUCUUGAUGCUCCAGAGACAUGCUACUUCACAUGCUACGAGCUAUUGCUCCGUAAUAAGGAUGGAGAGACUCACCAUCUGGAGGACUACAAUGAGAUAUCUGAAGUAGCUGACAUCACCAGUGGUGGUUGCACAUUGGAAAUGGUUGCAGCGUUGUAUGACGAUAGAUCGAUCAGGGCUCAUGUUCACCGUGCUAGAGAUCUUCUGUCCCUUUCGACACUCCACUCUUCCCUGUCAACAACACUUGCAUUGCAGUAUGAUACGGCACUGAACAAAGUUCAGAAUCCUGGAGAUAAACCGAAAUCUGAUGUUCCAGAGCUUGACAGUCUAGGUUUUAUGGAAGAUGUGCCCGGGUCUCUCAGGAAGUUAAUAAAUUCUCCAACAGAAGAGAUCAAGUGUGUGGAGAACAUCGUCUUCUCAUCGUUCAAUCCUCCUCCAAGCCACAGAAGGCUUGUAGGAGAUUUAAUAUAUUUGGAUGUUGUGACGUUGGAAGGUAACAAAUACUGCAUUACGGGUACCACAAAGGCGUUUUAUGUUAAUUCUAGCUCAGAGAAUGUUCUCGAUCCAAGGCCAAGUAAAUCUGGUUUUGAAGCUACUCUUAUUGGAUUAUUGCAAAAACUUAGCUCUAAGUUUAAAAAAGCUUUCCGCGAAGUCAUGGAAAAGAAAGCCUCUGCACAUCCCUUUGAAAAUGUCCAAUCGCUUUUGCCACCACACUCAUGGCUAAGAUCAUAUCCUGUUCCUGAUCACAAGCGUGAUGCAGCGAGGGCGGAGGAAGCUUUGACCAUUUCUUAUGGUAGUGAGCUGAUUGGUAUGCAAAGAGAUUGGAAUGAGGAGUUGCAAUCUUGCAGAGAGUUCCCUCACACUAGUCCUCAGGAAAGGAUCUUACGUGACAGGGCUCUUUACAAAGUGUCGUCGGACUUUGUCGAUGCAGCGCUUAAUGGAGCAAUUGGUGUAAUCAGCCGUUGUAUACCACCCAUAAAUCCAACUGAUCCAGAGUGUUUGCACAUGUACGUGCACAACAAUAUCUUUUUCAGUUUUGCUGUUGAUGCCGACAUUGAACAGCUAUCCAAGAAACGUCCAUCGAAUAAUCUUGCAGUGAGUGAGAAGGUAUCGUCAUCUGACAAGGUUCCAUGCACAGAUGGAACAUGCGAUGGAGAAAAUAAUGAGGAGCUUAACAGCUGUCAUGAGGCGCCGCUUGUUGAAAAUGAGCAAGCAACGUAUGCCUCUGCAAACAAUGACUUGAAAGGCACAAAGUUAUAUCAAGAAGCAGACGUCCCAGGGUUAUAUAAUCUGGCAAUGGCCAUUAUUGAUUACAGGGGUCAUAGGGUUGUUGCUCAGAGUGUUCUACCGGGAAUCCUUCAAGGGGAUAAAUCAGAUGCUCUUUUGUAUGGCUCAGUCGAUAAUGGGAAGAAAAUAUGCUGGAAUGAAGAUUUCCAUGCUAAGGUGCUAGAAGCUGCAAAGCUUCUUCACAUAAAGGAACAUUCUGUUAUUGAUGCAUCCGAAAAUGUCUUCAAGUUGGCUGCUCCAGUAGAGUGCAAGGGAAUUGUUGGGUCUGACAACAGACAUUACCUCUUGGACUUGAUGAGAGUGACACCCCGUGACGCCAAUUAUACAGGUCCAGAGUCACGCUUUUGUGUCCUCAGACCAGAACUGAUAACAUCAUUUUGUCAGGCUGAAUCAAAAUUAAAAACCAAGACUGAUGAAGGAGCCGAUAUCGUUUCUGAUCCUUCUGAUGUUAGUGUUGAUACUUCUAAAGUUGGUGAUGCAUUGAUCCAUGCAGAGGAAAAUGGGGCUUCAACUUCUGAUAAGAAAACUCUUACAGAAAAGCUAGAUACCGCCACCGAAGAUUCUGCAGCCGGUUCUUCCGAAACUUCCAAAUCAUGUGAUGAAAUAGCAUUUAACCCCAAUGUCUUCACUGACUUCACAUUAGGUGGCAAUCAAGAGGAGAUAGCUGCUGAUGAAGCAAAUGUGAAGAAAGUUAGCUCAUACCUUGUGGAUGUGGUUCUUCCGAAAUUUAUAGAAGAUCUUUGCAGUCUUGAAGUUUCUCCAAUGGAUGGUCAGACUUUGACUGAAGCACUCCAUGCUCAUGGUGUUAAUGUUCGUUAUAUUGGAAGAGUUGCUAAUGGUGUGAAGCAUUUGCCUCAUUUGUGGGAUCUUUGUCUGAAUGAGAUUACUGUCAGAUCCGCAAAGCACAUUCUGAAGGACAUUCUAAGAGAUAUAGAGGAUCAUGAUAUUGGAGCAGCAGUCUCACAUUUCCUCAAUUGUUUCUUUGGAAACUAUCAAGCUGCGGGGGGAAAAGCUAGCGCUAACAGCGUGCAUGCCAAGAAUCAAAAGAAGGAUCAAUCUGUCACCAAGAAGGGUCAAGGAAGAGGAAAAGGAAAAGCUUCUGCAAAGAAAAGUUUAUCAUCGUAUAUGAUGGUUGACUCUAACAUUCUAUGGUCUGACAUUCAGGAAUUUGCCAAAACCAAAUAUGAGUUUGAGUUGCCCGAGCUAUCAAGAACUAUGGCUAAAAAAAUACCUGUUCUUCGUAACCUUUGCCAAAAGGUUGGUAUCAGUAUUGCUGCUCGCAAAUAUGAUUUUAGUGCAACCUCGCCUUUUGAAACGACAGAUAUAUUGGAUCUUUGGCCUGUAAUUAAGCAUUCUGUCCCUGUAUGCUCUGAGGCUAAAGAUCUCGUUGAGAUGGGGAAGGUCCAACUGGCUGAGGGCAUGCUUAGUGAAUCCUACACGUUUUUUUCAGAGGCUUUUUCAAUACUUCAACAGGUGACUGGUCCAAUGCACAGGGAAGUUGCAAACUGCUGCAGGUACCUGGCCAUGGUUUUGUACCAUGCAGGAGAUAUGGCUGGGGCCAUAAUGCAGCAACACAAGGAACUAAUCAUAAAUGAGCGAUGCCUUGGUUUGGACCAUCCUGAUACUGCUCACAGCUAUGGCAAUAUGGCUCUUUUCUAUCAUGGACUUAAUCAGACAGAGCUUGCUCUACAAAACAUGGGUCGUGCCUUGCUGCUACUUGGCCUUUCAUCUGGCCCUGAUCAUCCAGAUGUUGCAGCUACAUUUAUAAAUGUUGCCAUGAUGUAUCAAGAUAUGGGAAAAAUGGACACAGCAUUACGUUAUCUUCAAGAGGCUUUGAAGAAAAACGAGAGACUCCUUGGCCCUGAACACAUUCAGACUGCAGUAUGCUACCACGCCCUUGCCAUUGCUUUCAACUGUAUGGGUGCAUUCAAGCUCUCACACCAGCAUGAGAAGAAAACCUAUGAUAUACUUGUCAAACAAUUGGGAGACGAUGAUUCCAGGACAAAAGACUCUCUAAACUGGAUGAAGACGUUUAAGAUGCGUGAGCUCCAGAUGAAUGCACAAAAGCAGAAAGGACAAGCAGCCAAUGCGGCCAACACGCAAAAGGCUAUCGAUCUCUUGAAGGCACAUCCGGACCUGAUACAUGCGUUCCAAAACGCAGCAGCUACUGGGAGGUCUAAUGCACUGAACGCGGCUGUCCUCGGGGAGGCUCAACCUCGGGGCAGAGGUUUUGAUGAAAGAGCAGCUCGUGCAGCAGCUGAAGUUAGGAAGAAAGCAACUGCUAAGGGGCUACUGGCUCGCCCCCAUGGUGGUGUUCCAGUUCAAGCUAUGCCACCACUCCCUCAACUUCAAAAAAGGGUCAAUUCAGGAACAGCAGAAACUUCUGAGAAAGGUGGGGAAAAUGGGGAGGCAAAGGUAGAAGAGAAGAAAGAAUCCUCCGAAAACGGGAAAACGUCGAACCUGGCUCCCGCGGGAUUAGGUGCUGGUUUAACAUCUUUGGAUAGGAAGAAGCAAAAAGCCAAAAAAUAA